GACGGGCCUUUCAAUAACUGAAACUAUUCAUGGCUCUCCUAAAUUCUGUAUGGGGUUAGUCUUUGGGUGAAAAUGUCAUGAGCUCCCUGGAGGUGGCACUAUUGGUUCACUGCCUCUUGUGCCCCCAGAUAUCUCCUGUCGUGGAGCUGAACGUGGGGGGUGAGUUCUAUACCACCACCGUGGGCACCCUGAGAAAACUCCCAGGCUCAAAGCUGGCAGAGAUGUUCUCCAGUUCAGCCAAACCCUUCACAGAUACCGAAGGCCGCUUCUUCAUUGACCGCCCUGGCACUUACUUUGGACCUAUACUGGAUUACCUGCGCAGCGGGCAGCUGCCCACGCAACACAUCCCGGAGGUGUACCGUGAGGCUCAGUUCUACGAAAUCAAGCCGUUGGUCAAGCUCCUGGAAGACACGCCACAGAUCUUUGGUGAGCAGGUGGCUCGGAAGCAGUUCUUGCUGCGGGUGCCAGGUUACAGCGAGAACCUGGAGCUCAUGGUCCGCCUGGCACGCGCAGAGGCAGUGGCGGCGCGCUGCUCCAGCGUGCUGGUGUGUGCGGUACGCACCGCAGAGGAUGCCGCACACUGCACGGAAUCUCUGCGCAUCCUGGAGGCAGACAAGAGGUUGGUAGUCAAAUUCGGACCUUGGAAAGCGGCUCCAGUCAUCAGGGACCUCCUGGACUCGGUGCAGAUGGACAUUGAGGCUCAGGGAUACCAAGUAGCCUAUGACUACUGCUCUAAGAAGACAUUCCAGCCCAAACCAGGGGCGCAUGACUACUUCUAUACAUUCCUCUUCACCUGGUGGUGAUCCUCAGUGGUGGGGCCUGUUUGUUAUGUGCUCUGGAGGGGCUUAUGAAAUUAAAAGUUGCCUUCAGAAGCCAUCUUCCUUUAAUUUUAAAAACAAACUUCAACUUCCAAUGUAGUCUGUGAAGCUCCCCUUUGAGUUCUUUCCAUUCAUUGCAACUGACUCCACCAUACUUGGGUAAUGAGGUGCAGUUGCUCCUUCUUUAAAGCCUCAUGUACCUGCCAGACCUUUCCCUUGAAGUCUAAUAGCAAGGCUGAGAUGAGUUGGAAUAUUCCAAAAUGCUUCGGCUGGAGAUGCGGGAUGUCAACAGGAAAAUAACAGGGUACCAUGAAUCUAGGUAGUCUGACCUAAAAAACGUGGUUUCAGUUUGUAGGCCAAUCCCCUAGCCCUGGUUUGUGCCUUCAUGAGGAAGAUGCCAAGUUAGUACCUGUAGUAGAUGCCACUCAGAUCUCCUUUCCCAGAUGUUGUGAAUAUUGGUUGCUAAAGCCUCACAGCUGUCCUCUAGACAGUAAUUCUCAAAGUGUGGUCCCUGGACCAGCAGCGUCAGUAAUGCCUGGGAAUUUGUUAUAAAUACAAUUCUCUGACCUCCACCUCAGACCUAUGAAUCAGAAAUUUUGGAGGGUGGUCCACCAGUCUGUUUUAACACGGUUUCCAGGUGAUUCUCAUGCACUCUAAUCUUGAGACUCGCUCUAGAAAUAAAUGCCAUCUCGCUUGUGUGUAGGUACAGAAGACUGAUCCCUUACCUCAAGGAAGAACCAACUGUUGUAAUUCCUGUUCCAGAGCUCCUUAUGGGAUCAGGCUCGAGUCAUUCUUCAUCUGACACCACAUUCUCGCUUAGCGUUCUUCUUCUGCUCUAGCAUUCUUCUUCUUCUCCCCACUUCCCUCACUCCCCCUGAGAGCACAUCCACGAUAAAUCACUUGCACAAGAGACUCUGUUUCAGGUUCUGCUUCUCAACCUAAGGCAUAUAUGACUCUAAGGAGGACACAUGUAGACAUUCAUCCUUCUCCAAGUCCAGGUCUGGGAAAGAUGGCCCGCUUCCGUGCCUAGUAGGAUGACCAGCCAUCCUGGGUUCCCCAGAACUGAAGGUCAAGUUUAACUGCCAAAGUUUAAGGAACUAAUACUGAGUCAGGGAGUUUCAAAUUUAAAUAUAAAAUUACUGCAAACACAGUCAUUUUUAACAAGCAUUUUAAUUCAGUAACUGUGUCUACUUGUAUAUUUUUUCUUAUUUUCAAAGCUUGUUCUAUGUUUUCCUUUUUUUGGUAUUUAAUAUGGCUGACAGUUUAAAGUGGAAAAAUCCUGAAUGUCUGUUUGAACU